UUAGCAAUGUCCUCUGACGAAAGUGAUGCAGCCUCAAACAAAGAAGAAGACACGACUUUGAGCGAUGAUGAUGGCUCAGAUGUUGAAAUCAAAAAUUCAAAGAAGGACAGAAAGCGGAAACUUGCUUCAGAGAGUGAGAAAAGUGGCUCGGACGAUGAUGAUGACGACGAUGACGAUGAAGAUGAAAACGUGACCAGCAAGAAAUCUAAAAAGCAGAAACGGAAGAAUAAGGCUCCUUCUGGACGAGAUUUUCUUGCUUGGGAUGUUGAAGUCGACGACGAAGACGAAGACGACGACAAUGAUUACGAUGACGAAGACGAUCCAAGCAUGAAUGCAAUGAACGAGCGAGAGGAAGCUGAGCGUGCGAUGAAAGAAAUGGAAUUGAGUCAACGGAAUAGAGAUCGGUACAAGUUCCAAAACAUGACGGAAGACGAAGUCCAGAAAUACUUUGAGAACAAGUACAAGGGUGACAAAAACGACAGUCAAUAUGAUGACGAAGAUUCAGCUAUGGAUGAUAUUUCAAAAAAUUCUCAUCUUCCAUCCACGAAGGAUCCUAACCUGUGGAUUGUCAAAUGUCGCAUGGGAGAGGAAAAACUCGUAGCGAUGCAUCUGAUGCGUAAAUGUCUUGCGGUUGAGCACACAAACGAGCCAUUCCAAAUCAAAUCAGUUGUCGUCAAGGAAGGACUCAAAGGAAUGAUCUAUAUCGAGGCGUUCAAACAAUCUCACGUCAUGUCUGCAAUUGAAGGAUUUUCAGCUCUCAAUCAAUUCACUAUAACCAUGGUUCCCAUCAAAGAUAUGGUAGAUGUAUUGAGAGUUGUCAAAGACAUUCCACAGUUGAAACUCGGAUCAUAUGUUCGUUUGAAAAGAACAAUGUACAAAGAUGAUCUGGCUGUCGUUGAUCUUGUGGAUAUCGCUCAGAACCGUGUCAACCUGAAAUUGAUUCCCCGUGUCGAUUAUCAGAAGCGGCGCGGAGCAAUGAGAACUGAUGCUGAUAAAAACUAUAAGCUGAAAAGACGCCCAAUGCCCAAGUUAUUUGAUCAGGAUACCAUCAAAGAAGUUGGAGGAGAAAUUGUGACGGACGGAGACUUCUUAGUAUUUGAAGGAAAUCAUUUCCGGCGAGGAUUCCUCUACAAGUACUUCCCCAUAAACGCAAUUCAAGCUGAUGGUGUUAAACCAACUCUUGGAGAACUCGAAAAGUUCCAAGAAUCUAGCGAUGAUCUCAAGAGAGAAUUGGAAACGGCUUCUCUCAAAGACACAGAAAAUCCAUUUGUUCCUGGAGAUAUCGUCGAAGUGAAAGCUGGAGAGUUGGUGAAUCUUCGGGGUAAAGUGAUGACGGUCGAUGGGACGAAGGUUGUGAUGAUGCCAGAUCAAGAAGAUUUGAAAGAAGCAAUCACUUUGAACGCUCAUGAGCUCAGGAAAUACUUCAAGGAAGGAGAUCAUGCAAAGGUUAUUAGUGGACGAUACGAAGGACAUACUGGAUUAAUUGUCCGAGUAAAAGAUAGCACAGCCAUAGUUUUGUCUGAUCUUGGAAUGGAAGAAUUGAAAGUUCGUGUACGAGAUUUGCAACUUUGUGCUGAUGUGACAACUGGAGUGGACUCACUGGGACAGUUCCAAUAUCAUGAUCUUGUACAGCUCGACCAUACAGGAAAUGUUGGAGUAAUUGUUCGAUUGGAGAAGGAACAUUUGGAAGUUCUCAACAUGCACGGAGUUGUGAAUCGUAUAAAGCCACAAGCUAUUAUAGCGAAAAAAGACGUUCGAUUUGCGAAAGUUCUCGACAGUCAAAACAAUUCCAUCGAGGCUAAAGAUCUGGUAAAAGUAAUUGGAGGACCAAACGCAAAGGAGCGGGAAACCGAUGAGGAUCCAGUUGGAGAAGUUCUCUAUGCGUUCCGUGGAACUGUCUUCGUUUAUUCUCGCAAAGUGACUAAAAAUGGAGGAGUCUUGGUUUGCAAACCAAAACAACUGAUUUUACAAGGAGCUAAGAAAACAACCAGUACACCGAUGGUUUCUCGAAUGGCUUCACCGAAUCCUAUGGCAUCACCAAGACAUUCUUCUGGAGGAAUGACUCCUCGUUCUCCACAAGAUGGUAUGUCAAGUCGUGGAAGCAGUGGUGGACAAACUCCGAGACAAGGUGGAGGAGGAGGACGUGGUGGUCAUUUUGGAACUGCAAAUCAACAAAAAGUUCGUCGUGAUCUUACCCUCAUUGGAAAAAAUGUUCGAAUCAUCAAAGGUCCGAUGAAGGGCCACUUUGGAAUUGUUCGAGAUGCCACAGAAGACACAGUUCGUGUCGAAUUGCAUACACAAUGCAGAACGAUUUCUGUCGAUCGUGCUCGUGUGAUGGUUGUCGGAGACACUGGAAUAACAGCUGGAAGUGGAGGUGGAAGCUCGUUCUACAGUUCUUCGAAGACACCGAUGCGCGACUCUGGCAAAACUCCAAUGUAUGGAUCGAAGACUCCGAUGUAUGGAGCACAAACACCGAUGUAUGGCUCGAUGACUCCAGCUUAUGAUGGAGGAAGAACACCGGCGUAUGGAGAAGGUGGACGUACCCCUGCAUAUGGAAGCAAAACUCCAGCAUAUGGAGAUCUUGAUGAACAUUCAUCAUCACGUACUCCAGCCUAUGGAAAUGACAGUUCAAGAACUCCUGCUUACGGUAGUGCUGAUGGUGCACGAACUCCUGCCUAUGGAAGUACGGAAGGUGGACGGACUCCAGCAUACGGAUCAAUGGACAACAGUAGAACUCCUGCAUAUGAUGAUUCUGGAAGAACGCCUGGCUAUGAAAGUAUGCCAUCGAGAACUCCGAACUAUGAUUCAAGCAGUAAGACUCCAGCCUAUCCAGAAUCCGAACAUUCCGCCAGAACUCCAGCAUACAAUAAUGAUUAUGAUAUUCCGUUGAGUCCGGCAUACGAGCCCGAUGCACCUGAAGCGUAUGACAAUGCUCCAGCAAGAACUCCAGCAUUCGUGUCCCGUACUCCAGGAUACGACACAUAUGAGAACAGCAGCCCGACAUACGAACCAGAUGCAGCUACAAAAGUUGAGGAAGACAUCGGAGACACUUCGUCUCCAACUUAUGAUUCUCCUCCACACUCGUACGUUGUGCCAACUCCAGGUGCAAUGCUCAAUCCAGCAACUCCGGGAGCCUAUCACGUUGAUACACCUGGAUUCGCUGCUCCAAUGACGCCAGGAAGUGGAGGAGCAUACGAUCAAUAUGUUGCGCCUUCUCCAUUCGCUGGCUACGACAGUAACAACUACAACAAUGCCGAUGGAGCUAUUGAGCAAAUUCCGGACCACUUCCUGGCUCAAGGUGUGUGGAUUGUGCAGAAUCUGUGUGUGCAAAUCAAGGACCACGAAGGGCGAUUCAACGGACGUGAGGCGAUCAUUAAAGAUGUUACCGAUGGAAAAGUGGAUGUCUACAUGCCAGAUCACAAGUGCAACUUGGAAGUUGAUUUCGAUCAGCUAACUCCAAUGAAACCGCAACCAGGAGAUGAUGCUCGAGUGAUUUUCGGACAAGAUGCAGGUCACAGUGGACAACUUGUUUCCAUGGAUGGAUUCGAAGCAGUUAUCCGAUCACAGGAAGACAUGUCAGACAUGCGAGUCAUCAACAUUGGAUUGUGCUGCAAAAUGCAUAGCGAAACUUGAAAAGUUGUUCACUUUACUAUUUAUUCUCCAAUUUUUCUUCGCUUUUUUCUGUUCAAAUGUUAUUCGACACUCGACGAGUUUCACUUCGUUGUGUCUAUUUUUUGGUGUCACCCUUUGAAAAUCGUUCAUUUAUUUAUUUAUUAUACACUGUUUUAUUUGAAUUAAACAUUUCUUAAAAUGAUUGCUGCUUUUCUUU